AUGCCUGAUCACCAUGCGCGUCUCUCCACUGCUCAGGUUGAGGCCGUUGCUGGCCUUUUGGCGGGGUCUACAGCGACACUUAUAGUUCAUCCCUUGGAUGUAAUUAAGACACGCAUUCAAGGAACGCCCCAAGUGCAACAUCGCAGAUCGGCGGGCCCAAUCGACAGCUUGGAAAUUUUUCGCGCCCUGCUCAAUCGUCAAAAGCCCAUCCACAGUUUAUAUCGUGGGCUUACUCCCAACUUGCUUGGUAACGCCGGCAGCUGGGCUAUCUUCUUUAGCUGCAAGUCGAUCAUAGAGCAGCAGAUUUUGCAAUUGCAUGCGCGCUUCGCAACGACCUCACCGUUAGCACAGAGAAAUCUGCCCUGCGCCCCAGCUCACUAUACAUUGACACCAUUGGACUACUUUAUUUCGUCUGGCAUCUCAGGCACGUUAAUUACGCUGUCGACAAAUCCUGUAUGGGUAUUGAAGACGCGCAUGCUCAGCUCGGACCGCGGUCAGGAAGGAGCUUAUGAGAGCAUUUGGCAUGGUACCAAGCAGAUCUGGAAAAAAGAAGGAUUCAAAGGAUUUUAUAGAGGCGUAUCUGUCAGCCUGCUUGGGAAUAGUCAUGGUGCAGUACAAUUUGGUGUCUACGAGCCAUUAAAGAGGAUGUGGCAGAGAUAUAUUUCACCUCCUAUCACGGCAGAUCGUUCCCCCGAACAAAGGGAGCGGCUCGGAGUGACUGCUACGGUGAUCAUCAGUGGAUCAGCCAAAGUAAUUGCUGGCACCGUCACUUAUCCUAUACAAGUGGUCAGAAGUCGAAUGCAGGCGUAUAAAGCGGAUGGCAAGUUUGGUCAAGGUAUCAAAGGAAUUACAAAAGCACUUUUGGAGGAUCAUGGCUGGCGAGGUUUCUACAAAGGAGUAGGUAUCAAUGUGGCCCGCGUUUUACCAUCAACUUGGGUGACGUUCUUGGUCUACGAGAAUGCAAGAUACUUUCUAGCUAUCUAA